UUGACCUAAAAUUGCUCCACCUCUUAUCCAUAUAGAUUACCCGCUCUGUCUCUCGCGUCUUCUUCCAGCCGCACCAACCCCGUCCUUAAUCACUCACCCCAACCAAACCAGGACCAAAGCCCAAGCUCUCUUCCUAAUCGCCGCCGUCGCCGGGAAACGGUUGUCUUGUUCUCGUGGAGGGGGAGCAUCCGGAUGGCUUCUAUUGCGCCUCCGUCGUCAUCCGUCGCCGCCCUCAGCCGCCAACCUGUGCGCUUCAUGAAUGGGUGCAGUGUCUCCAAGGAGACAAAGGGGGCAGUUUACAGUUUUUUCACAGCAAAUUCAAAUAAUGCCAAAGUGAAAUCAGCUGGCUUGAGAAUAGCAUCAUCCUUGAAAAGGGACGGCGGAUAUCCAGCCGGCAGUGUCUCUGGGAAUGGUGACACACUGUUGCCAAAGAGCACUUCUGUUCAUGGCCAGGACCAUCCGAUUGCUGACCCAGUACUCCCGAUGGAUUCCAUGAUUGUGCCAGAAAUCCUUUCAGCUAAUUUGACACGUGUUGCGGACAAGUUCUCAGAUGACGACACAGACACUGAAUUUGAUUUGGACAGCCCGACAGAGGGCUUCGCAUCAAUUGCAGAUGCCAUUGAGGACAUACGACAAGGAAAACUUGUGAUUGUUGUUGACGAUGAAUCGAGGGAAAAUGAAGGUGACCUUAUAAUGGCUGCUUCCUUGGUUACCCCAGAGGCUAUGGCUUUUAUAGUAAGGCAUGGGACAGGAAUUGUUUGUGUCAGCAUGAAAGAAGAUGAUCUGGAAAGAUUGAACCUUCCUUUGAUGGUUACAACAAAACAAAAUGAAGAGAAGCUACGCACUGCCUUCACUGUUACAGUGGACGCAAAAGAGGGCACAACAACUGGGGUAUCUGCUAAAGAUAGGGCAAAGACGGUCAUGACUCUUGCAUCUCCUGACUCUAAACCUGAGGACUUCAAUCGUCCUGGCCAUAUUUUCCCAUUGAAAUACAGAGAGGGUGGUGUUCUGAAACGAGCUGGACACACCGAGGCAUCUGUUGACCUUGCCAUGCUUGCUGGAUUACCUCCUGUUGCUGUCCUUUGUGAGAUUGUGGAUGAUGCUGAUGGUUCCAUGGCUCGCUUACCAAAGCUAUGUGUGUUUGCUGAAAGGGAGAAUCUGAAGAUUAUAUCUAUUGCUGACUUGAUUAGAUAUAGGAGGAAAAGAGACAGGCUAAUUGAACGUGCUUCCGUUGCACGCUUGCCUUUGAGAUGGGGCAAUGUCCGUGCCUACUGCUACAAAUCUGUUAUUGAUGGAAUUGAGCAUAUUGCAAUGGUGAAAGGUGAGAUUGGUGAUGGUCAAGAUAUUUUGGUGAGGGUGCACUCCGAGUGUCUUACAGGAGACAUUUUUGGAUCUGCAAGAUGUGAUUGUGGUGACCAGCUUGCCAUGGCAAUGGAGAUGAUUGAGAAGGCUGGAAGGGGUGUAUUAGUUUAUCUCCGUGGGCAUGAAGGAAGGGGUAUUGGUCUGGGUCACAAGCUCCGUGCUUAUAACUUGCAAGAUGACGGGUGUGACACUGUGGAAGCUAAUGAGGAACUAGGACUUCCUGUUGACUCACGAGAAUACGGGAUUGGUGCACAGAUAUUAGGGGAUCUAGGUGUCCGUUCAAUGAAGUUAAUGACCAAUAACCCUGCAAAGUAUAGCGGUCUCAAGGGUUAUGGACUAAGCAUUGCGGGUAGGGUGCCCUUGAUAACGCCGAUAACCAGUGAGAACAGGAAAUACCUAGAGACCAAAAGAACAAAGAUGGGGCAUGUCUAUGGAUUGGCCAAUGGACAGGUUAGCCAUCCAAGUGACGGCAGCAGCAGCACACAAGAGAAGCAUUAGGCCAACAAUGCACGCCUCCAGCCAUCCACAUUCCAGCUGGUGAUAUAGUGAUACGAUAUUCUUCUCUGGUGGAGUUUGACAAAUUAUUCCGCUACAGAUAUUUCAGUGGAUUGAUUUUUUCUUCAAUUGUAACAGUAGGUUUAAAGAUGGCUAAUAAUAAAAUAGUCCUUUUUACUUCUUUUCCGCAUGUAAUUCUCUGCUACCAUUCGAUCAUUGUAAAUACAUGUAAGCAGAUCCGAGUCAGUAUAUACUCCAACCCACAUACACCUGAUA